AUGGCGGAUUCUGUGGAUCGAGUCUUCGUGCACGCCCUCAACACGGUGAAGAAGAUACCCAAAACUGGAGCUUCGCGACCACCGCCCUCAGACCGCCUGCGGCUCUAUGGACUCUACAAACAAGCUAUGGAAGGGGACGUGGAUGGGGUUAUGGAGCGUCCGAUGGGUCAUAGGGAUGAUGGGCUUGAGGAUGAUGACUUGAAAAGGGAGAGGGACAAGUGGGAUGCUUGGGAUGCGCAGAGAGGCGUUUCGAGGACGGAGGCGAAGAGGAGGUAUAUCGAGGCCCUGAUUGAGACUAUGCAUAAGUAUGCUAGUACUACUGCUGAUGCGAGAGAACUUGUUGCGGAACUCGAAUUCGUCUGGGACCAGAUCAAGAAUAACAGCGCGUCUUCUUCUGGCUCUUCACCUGGACGCCGCGUUCCUUCAUACCACUCGCAACCGCGACAAUUUGCACGUCCGCAGUCUGGAAACGAUGGGCCAAUGCGCGUCCUAAGUCCGAUGAGUCAAGAUGAUGAGGCGGAGAGGGAAUCCGAGAGGAGAUUGGGACAUAAUGACGUGUAUGACGAUGAUGAAGAUGAUGAAUUUGUUGAUGGCGAGAAGAAAAACAAGAACAAGAAGAAGUGGAGGAAGACAGUGGAGCAGGCAUUGGUUAAAAUGACCGCCGAGAUUGCCGCAUUGAGGGAGCAGAUUGCUACGGGGAGGGAAUAUCAAGGGAGAAAACGACGGUCAUUAGGGAGGUGGAUUGCAUGGCUGAUUUGGCUAGUUGUACGGCACCUCUUGGCUGAUAUGGUGGUGCUCUGUAUUGUGCUGGUUUGGUUAAGGAGGAGAAAGGACCGCAGAAUCGAGGAUUUGGUGAGAGAGGCUCUGAAGAUAGGGAGAGAGUAUAUCAGGAAGAUAUUACCUCCUCGAUAA